CUGCCGCUGACUGAAAAAGAAACUGAAAGCGUAGCGUGUAGAAGAGAGAAGCCCACUGCUGUGUGAAUUAUAUGCGAUUCAAGGAUUUUAAUUUCACUUGUACUGUUCUUGACUGGAUUUAAAUUGAGAGGGAGCAAGAGGAUCUUCACAUAAGCCAGUGUGGAGGGAGCCUGCAUAAAAGCUUGUUGUGUCAGAGGGGAAGCCAUCUAGUAAAGACAAAGAGUGUCAUUUAAGCAAAGAAACUCUACUACAAUUGUAGCAACCUGGUGAAAAAGACAAGGAGCUGGACAUAAUGUAAUUCUGUAACAAAGAAACAAGAUGCAAGCACUGCAUUCAACCUCACUGGAGAGAGAAAACAGGCAAAACUGUACCUAAAACCGACAUAUCUGAAGAACAGGCCAUGACCACGUCAACUGACAACCCAGUUGACAGAGAAAGACCAGUCUCUCCUGAACCCAGCAAUGUUUCUGUGAGAAGUGACCGAUCCAAGGAGGAACCUUACAACUUCAAAACUAAUCCAAGCCCAAGUGACAGAGAAAGAGCAGUUUCUCCUGUACCCAGCAAUGUUUCUGUGAGAAGUGACCGAUCCAAGGAGGAGCCUUACAACUUCAAAACUGAGUCAAGCCCAAGUGACAGAGAAAGAGCAGUUUCUCCUGUACCCAGCAAUGUUUCUGUGAGAAGUGACCGAUCCAAGGAGGAGCCUUACAACUUCAAAACUGAGUCAAGCCCAAGUGACAGAGAAAGAGCAAUUUCUCCUGUACCCAGCAAUGUUUCUGUGAGAAGUGACCGAUCCAAGGAGGAGCCUUACAACUUCGAGAUUGAGACAGGGAAGCCCAUUCAGUCUGAGGAUGAUCCACUUAACUUCACUGGAGGUUCAGGGAAAGAUGCCAGAAGCGAACUCACAGCAAACCUGAAGAAGAGGAUCCUCAAAAAUUAUGGACAUGAACAGAGUCAACAGGAGACUAACACAGAACUCUAUGAGAUAAAAACUGUGAAAAAAAAGGAACAUAAACAAAAAUUGGUACAAAGCUACAACGAAAUAUUCACACAUUCAAAGAAAAACAAAGGACUAAAAGUGCUGAUGAAGGGAGUGGCUGGUAUUGGUAAAACAUUUCAAACAAGGAUGUUCAUGGUUGAGUGGGCAAAGGGAAACUCCAACAAUGACAUAGACUUGAUAGUGUCAUUUCAUUUCAGUGAGCUGAAUUCAAGAAGAGAAAAAACGCAAAGUAUGGAAGAUCUGCUUAAUGAUUUCUUCAAUAUCAAUCAACUUGGAAUCCCCAACUAUGACAAAUAUAAAGUAGCUUUUGUCCUUGAUGGCCUGGAAAUGUGUGAACUUCAUCUUGACUUUGAAAAGAACAAGGACCUGACUGAUAUAAAAGAGAAAGCCUCCAUGGAUGUGCUGCUAACAAACCUCAUCAAGGGGAAGUUGCUUCCCUCUGCUCAUCUCUGGAUCAUCUCUCAACCUUCAGGAGUUGACAAGAUUCCUCCUCAGUACAUUCAUAAAGUGACAGAAUGUCAAGAGAAAAAACACAAACUCACAGCAAUCCUGAAGAAGAGAAUUCUCAGUCAGUAUGAAAAGGACCUGAGUCAACAAGAGACUGAACUCUAUGAGAUAAAAGAACAAAAACUUGUCAAAAUCGCCAAUGAAAUAUUUAAGAAAAAUGAAGUGCGAGCAGUGCUGAUGAAGGGAGUGGCUGGUAUUGGCAAAACAUUUCAAACAAAGAUGUUCAUGGUUGACUGGGCAAAGGGAAACUCCAACAAAGACAUAGACUUGAUAGUGUCAUUUCAUUUCAGCAAGCUGAAUUCAAGAAGAGACCAAGAUCAAAGCAUGGAAGAUCUGCUUAAUGAUUUCUUCAAUAUCAAUCAACUUGAAGUCCCCGACUAUGACAAAUAUAAAAUAGCUUUUGUCCUUGAUGGCCUGGAAAAGUGUGAAAUUAAUCUUGACUUUGUAAAGAACAAGGACCUGACUGAUAUACAAGAGAAAGCCUCCAUGGAUGUGCUGCUAACAAACCUCAUCAAGGGGAAGUUGCUUCCCUCUGCUUAUCUCUGGAUCAUCUCUCAACCCUCAGGAGUUGACAAGAUUCCUCCUCAGUAUAUUCAUAAAGUGACAGAAUGUCAAGAGACCUUGAAGCGCCGGCAGCGGCUGGCAGCAAACCUGAGAACAAGAUUUUGUGAAAAAUACACUCAAGUUGAAGAUAUCGAUCAUCCAAACCAGAAGAACACAGAACACAUAAUUAAACGAAACAGCACUGGUGAGGUCAAUGAUAAAAACAAAAAUGUGCAGACUGAAUCAGUGACAAAAGUGAAUGCAAUUUCUGACAUCUUCAAGGACAAAAAAGACCAAACAAUCAGAACUGUGCUGACUAUUGGAGAAGCUGAUAUUGGAAAAUCCUUCCAUGUGCAGAAAUUCAUGAAAGAGUGGGUCAAAAGUAAGGAUAAACUUUUACAGAAACAUGUCACUUGGACGAAAGAUUCUGUAUUGGGCAAAGAUGCUGAAGAACUUAUAUUUCCACUUAACUUCUCUAAGCUUAAAGAGAAAAAAAAGAAAAAAUUCAGCUUGGUGGGACUUCUUAAUAAUUUCUUUGAAGAAACCCAGGAAUCAGUAAUAUCUGACUAUGCAAAAUUCAAAGUUUUAUUUAUCUUGGAUGGACUGGACGCUUCUGAACUUUCUCUUGACAAGGGCGACAUCUUGACAGAUGUCAGAGAGCCAGCCUCAGUGGAUGUGCUACUGAUAAACCUCAUCAAAGGAAACCUGCUUCCCACUGCGAAGUUCUGGAUAACGACCCGACCUUCAUCUCUUGAACUGCUGCCUGUUGACUCAAUUGACAGGAUGACAGAAAUACGAGAAAAGCCUGAUGUCGUAAGUCAACGAAAACUCAAAUCUCAGCUGAAGGAACAAUUUACGCUGGUGUCUGAGGGGAUUGAUAGGCAGAAAACCUCUGCUUUUCUGAAUGAGAUCUACACAGAUCUCUAUAUCAUAGAAGGGGAGAGGGGAGAGGUCAAUGUUCAACAUGAAUCCAGACAGGUUCAAGAGGCAAAAUUCAAACCAGUGAGAGAAGAAACACCCAUUAAGUAUCAUGACAUCCUCAACCCUGCAUCUGGUCAAAAUAAACCCAUUAGAACUGUGCUAACGAUUGGGGUGGCAGGCAUUGGAAAAACAUUUGCAUCAAUGAAGUACAUGCUGGACUGGGCUGAGGGUACAGCCAAUAAAAACAUAUAUUAUACAUUUUCACUUCCUUUCCGGGAGCUGAAUUUGAGAAAAGACGGAGAGCACAGUUUCGAGGAGCUUAUUCAUCAGUUCUUCCCUGUUAUGAAGACAUCAGAAAUAAACAACUAUGACAAUUAUGAAAUUCUGAUUGUCCUGGAUGGCCUUGAUGAAUGUCGCCUUGAUCUUAACUUCAGUGAAAGUAUGGAUUGGACAGAUGUGAGAAAGGCAACCUCAGUGAAUGUUCUGCUGAUAAACCUUAUCAAAGGAAACUUGCUUCCUAAAGCUCAAAUCUGGAUAACCUCCCGACCUGCAGCAUCCAAUAUUAUCCCUGCUGGUAAAGUUGACCGGGUUACAGAGGUUCGAGGAUUCAAUGAUGAACAGAAGGAGGAGUACUUCAGGAAGAGAUUCAGUGAGAAACAUGUGGCUGAGAAAAUCUUGUCACAUGUCAAGAAAUCGAGGAGUCUUUAUAUCAUGUGUCACAUCCCAGUCUUCUGCUGGAUCACUUCAAAAGUUCUAGAGGACUUUGUAAAUCGAAACCAAGAAGAAGGGAUGCCCAAGACUCUGACUGACAUGUACAUUCACUUUCUUUUGCUGCAAUGCAGACAGGCUAAUGUAAAAUAUGGUGGAGAGGAGACAAGUGAGAGUUUUGAGACAGAUUCAUGCUGGAAUACAAGGAACAAAGACACUGUCCUAUCUUUGGGAAAACUGGCUUUCGAGGAGUUACAGAAAGGAAAUCUUCUCUUCACUGAAGAAAACCUGAUAGAGUGUGGUAUUGACAUCGAAAAAACUGCAGUCUUCUCAGGGUUAUUCACUCAGGUCAUACGAGAAGGCUGUGGGUUGUACCAGAAGAGUUUUUUCUGCUUUGUCCAUCUGAGCAUUCAAGAGUUUCUGGCAGCUUUUUAUGUCUCCCAUAGAUUCAAUAAUGAAGGUGAAAAUCUGCUGACCAAACCAGCUUCAGUGGUUGGAGACUUGCCUGCAUCAUCCUUCUACAAGACAGCAGUGGACAAGGCUUUAGAUAGUGAAAAUGGAGACUGGGAUCUGUUUCUCCGCUUCCUGCUUGGUCUCUCCCUGGAGACUAAUCAAAAUCUACUGCAAGAGCUGCUGAAAAAGGCAGAAAAUAGCGGGGAGACAAACAAAGAAACAAUUAAGUACAUCAAAGGGAAGAUCAGUGAAGAAAUCAGUGAUGCAGACAAAAACCUCAAUCUUUUCCACUGUUUGAAUGAGCUCAAUGACCACUCUCUUGUGAAAGAAGUUAAGAAGUACCUGCAAUCAGAAACGCUAGCAUUUGAAAAUUUCACUACCUCCCAGUGGUCAGCUCUGACCUUUGUGCUGCUGAUGUCAGACGAAAACCUUGAUGUGUUUGACCUGAAAACGUACCUGACAUCAGAGAAAGUUCUUCUGGGAAUGUUGCCGGUGGUCAAAGUCUCCAAAACCACUUUGCUGAGUUGGUGUGAGCUCUCCGAGGAGUCCUGCAAAGGUUUAAGAUCCUCAGUCCUCACUUCUGCAUCCUCUAAUCUCACGAAGCUGGACCUUAGUCAUAAUGACCUGCUGGAUUCAGGUGUGGAGGCACUUGCUAAUGGUCUAAGGAGUCUACAUUGCAAACUGGAGAUUCUCAAGCUGUCAGGUUGUCAGGUGACAGAGAAAGGCUGCUGUGACCUGGCUUCAGCUCUCACAUCCAACACAGCAUCCCACCUGAAACAGCUGGAUCUGAGUUACAAUUAUCCAGGAGAAAAGGGGAAGAAGAUGCUUGAAGCUAUAAGAGAGGAUUCAAAUAUGAAGCUGGAGAUACUGUGUUUGGAACAUGAUGGGAAGCAUCGGUUAAAGCCAGGACUGAAGAAAUAUGGUACAGAUCUGAAGUUUGAUGAAAACACAAUAAGCAAGAGGCUUGUUCUUUCUGAAGGGAACAGAAAAGUAAAAACUGUACAGAAGGUGGAGGAAAAGGUUGCACGAACUGUAAAUGAUGACAGGUUUAAGAGGAGUCAGGUGUUUUGUGAAGAGGGCCUGAAAGGUCUCUGCUAUUGGGAGGUGGAGUGGAGAGGGACUGUUGGCAUUGCAGUGUCAUAUAGAGAUGUGAGUAGAAAAUGGGACAGUAGUGGUGGCCUAGGAUGCAAUGAGAUGUCCUGGAGUCUGCUCUGCUCGAGGACUGAAUGCACUGCCAUGCAUGGGAAAACAUCCAAACCUAUUCAACUGCCCCCUAGCCAAAAAAUUGCUGUGCUUCUGGAUUGGGAAGGUGGUACUCUGAGAUAUUACAGUGUCACGUCAGGAAAGCUAAGCCUCAUAUACACCUUCCACGCCAAAUUCACAAAGCCACUCUUCCCAGGCUUCUGGUUUAAGAGGGGCUCUGUGACUUUGUGUGAGAUAGACUGAACGUUUCUGUGGUGCGAAAACACAAUGACUUAAUGCUUGACAUUUUGAUAGAUUAGCAAAACUGGAUCAUUUCAAUAUCGUCAAACACUAUAUUGUGCUGUUUUCCAGUGUUCAUAUUAUAUAUCAAUGUUAGAAUUAGAAAGGAAGAGAUAAAAACAUGUCAUGUUGAUAAUGUGAUAGAUGAAGAAAACAAAUACAGACUGUUGUAGAAAUGUAAAAUAUCAAACUGUUCAUUAUAUUCACAGAAUUAAAGAUUUCUGUUAUUUCAGAGGGCCACUAUUUAAACAGACUCCUCUGUGAUUAGUUGUUUUUGUGAGCUAAUAAAAAUUGUGUGAUUUAAAAAAAACAAACAAACCAUACUUAAUGUUUAUUACUUUAUUAUUUGCCUAAAUUGUUGAAAACAUCCAGGACUUCUUUUGUAAGAGUUUUUUCUAUUAAAGGUUUAAGGUAGUUUGUUUCUUCCACAAGUCAAUGUGUUUCAUGUUUGAAUGUGUAAGCCUGGGUUGGACUGUAAUAAAAAUGAAAAGUGUUAUAGAAGAACUGCCUCUGUGCUAACCCACAGUGUGUUGGUAGAGAACUAUGGUACUAUAGAAAUAAUGUGAUAUUAGUUUGUUUUUAUUUAAUGAAGGACAUGGAUGCCAUAGGGAUUUAAUUUUGGAAUAUUUACAAUACGUGCACUCACUGGUAUACAUAAAAGUACUUUGUAAAAUAUAUAUAUGAAAGGAUGAAAUAUGCUGACUAAUGGGAUUCUUCUCUAUACAGAAAAGUUAUUUUCUCCAAUUUAUGUUGUUAUGCUUGUAAAAUGUACUGAUUGAAUAAAUAAUGCUUCUUUUGAAA